GAGCUGAGGAGCUGAUCUCCUCUAAACGGCUUCGUUUGAGGCUCUAUGAGCCGGUGUCCGGUUGUUUUCACGUCUGUCACCCUCCGGAGCCCCGUCGGGCUGCAGAGAGCUGCUGCUGAUGGAGAAGGUGUUUCGCUGUCCGGCCCGUCACGGCUACGCUGUGGAGGCGUCUCCGUUCAUCCCCAACAGAGUGGCCUGUGCUGCCUCCCAGUACUACGGCAUCGCUGGUUGUGGCUCCUUGCUGGUCCUGGAUGAGACGGAGACGGGGGUCGCUGUAGUCAGAAGAUGGGAGUGGGGCGACGGUCUGUUCGACGUGGCGUGGAGCGAAGCCAACGAGCACGUGAUGGUCGGGGGCGGAGACGGCAGCCUGCAGCUGUGGGACACGACCAAUCAGGACGCUCCGCUGAGAGUGGCCAAAGAACACACACAAGAGGUGUAUUCUGUAGACUGGAGUCAGACCAGAGGAGAGAACCUCAUCGUCUCUGGAUCGUGGGAUCAAACCGCCAAAGUUUGGGACCCGGCUCUCAACCGAUCGCUGAUCACGCUCAGGGGUCACGAAGGGGUCAUCUACAGCACCAUCUGGUCGCCUCACAUCCCAGGAUGCUUUGCUUCAGCCUCAGGCGACGGGACGCUCAGAGUUUGGGAUGUGAAGAGCGCCGCGUGUCGAUUGGCCGUCCCUGCACACAAGGCUGAGAUCCUGAGCUGUGAUUGGUGCAAAUAUGACCAGAACAUCGUGGCCACCGGCUCAGUGGACUGCAGUGUGUGUGUGUGGGACCUGAGGAACGUCCGACAGCCCGUCAAUCAGCUGUUAGGCCACACCUACGCCAUCCGCAGAGUCAAGUUUUCUCCGUUCAGUAAGUCGAUGUUGGCGUCCUGCUCGUACGACUUCACUGUCAGGUUCUGGGAUUACAGUAGGAACCAGCCUCUUAUGGAGACCGUGGAACAUCACUCAGAGUUUGUGUGUGGACUAGACUUCAACCUGCACAUCCCCAACCAGGUGGUGGACUGUUCCUGGGAUGAGACAGUGAAGAUCUACACACCUGCCUGUCUGUCUGCUGGAUCACACAAUACAGCACCGUAGAACACACACACACACACACACACACACACACACACACACACACACACACACACACACACACACACACACACACACACUCUCAUAAAUACUUACGAUUGAGUUUCUGUCCACCCCUCUUGUGCGGAUAAAGUUAUUUCUUCCUGCACAAACCCACACAAAGACACACAUACGCAUUCGCUUUGAAUUUUCAAUUUUGUCUGAAAUUAUUCAUUAAUUUUACUGAGAAAAGAACAGAAAGAAAGUGACGUUUACUGGUAUCGGAGUAAAACCACAGCCUGUGUUUUCUUCAGUUUUCUGCUCAGUGAGUCACUUCAUUGUUUAAAGUCUUUAAAGAGUCGUUCACUUCCACAGUGAACUUGAAAUUGUUCUUCAGGGAUUCCUGCAGUACAUUAUUACCCGUCCUGCACACAUGAAAGAAUAUAAAAACAGGAUAACUUUACAUUUAUGUUAAAUAUUACGAUUCAGCUGAAGUGUUACGUCAUCUCAUAACUGAAUUGAUUGAAUCUGCACGUUUUCAUCAUAUUUUCUAAUAUUUAACUGAACGCCUCCAUGAUUUUUUUAUUUAUAUUCUCAAUGAUGAAUAACUUUUACCAUAACCGCUACCUGCCUAGCCUCAGUGCUAACUCUUCCACCGAGAUGCACUUUGAUUUAAUUUCCAUACUGAAACGAUUCAAAAUGUUUGAUUGAUUCUUGUGUGAAUGAUGUAAAUCAGGAUGUUUUACAGCGAGCGUGAUCCAUUAAUAUCUCUGUCCUCCUCCUUUAUCUCUGAUGUCCUGUUUUUAAAUGUCAACUGUGACUCAUUUCACCAGUGAAAUGCCCUCAGUGUAGAUGAUGAGCAUCGGUGAUGAUCUGUUUGUGAUGUGCCUUCAAUAAAGAUGCAAAUAUCACAUGAAGAUGUUGAUAUC